CUCCCUCUGUCUUCUCUCCGCCCCCAAAUCCUCCCGACUCCGAGGUACCGUACCGCCAGUAACAACUCCCACGCACGCCGGGCCUUGGCAAGACAGCGAACACCAACUGCCGCCGCGGGCUCGUCCCUUCUCUCCUCGCGCGCGUCCUCCCUGCUGCUGCGCCCCGGAGCGGAGCGGAGUUGAGUUGAGUAAUCCGGGGGAUUGGUUUUCCCCGGCGCUGGUAAACCCAGCCGCUUCUUGGCUCGCAUCGAUUUAGUUUGGCCUUCAAGGUAGAAAAAGAAACCUUUCUGUUCGGUUAUGGCUUUCCAAACUCCAGCAGCUGUUCUGCUUAAUGAGAAUAUGCAGAUACAUAAAGGCAAGAGGGCUGAGGCACCAAGUGCCAAACCACUGAAGCCAUCAGCGAAACCUGUGCUUCAGGAGCGGAAGGCUCUUCAGGAUGUGUCUAACAUUCCUAAAGGCACUGCUUUAAAUAACAGGUCCGCCGUCAAAGAAAGGUCCAUCCUGAAAGAUAAGUUCACCCUCAAAGACAGGUCCAUCCUGAAAGAGAGACCUGCUCUUCACAAUGUGUCUAACACCCUCAAAGAGAGGUCCAUCCUGAAACAGAAACCAGCUCUUGGUAGCCAUGAAGCAAUUAAGAACCCAGUCAAUGUUUUUGCUGAUGAAGAGACCAAGAAGUGUCAUGAAUGGGCUAAAGAUGGGGUGGAGGGCACUAACUUUACAGGAAAUGAUUCUCAGAAGUUGGAUAAGGAUAUGCAAGACAAACGUGUCCAGAAGAAAGUGGUGAAAGUUAUGUCAGCAUUCAAUGGCUGGUCAGAUGUGGUAUUUGAUCCUGUGAUGUUUCCAGCUAAGGAGGUUGCCAAUUUUUCGGAAGAAGUGAAAGAGCUGGAGCUGGAACCAGAGAUUCUCCCAGACAACACUAGGUGUCUCUUUACCUCAGGCAAGAGGGCUGAUGCACCAACGGCCAAACAACUGAAGUCAUCUGUGAAACCUAGGCUUCAAGAGCGGAAGGCUCUUCAGGAUUUGUCAAACACCCUCUCAGGGCGGAAGGAUCAUCAGGAUAUUUCUAACACCCUCAAAGAGAAGUCCAUCCUGAAAGAGAGGCCUUCUCUACGCAGGCAUGAAGCGAUUAAGAAUCCACUGAAAAUAUUCGCUGUUGAAGAGACCAAGAAGUGUCAUGAAUGGGCUAAGGAUGUGGUUGAGGGCACUCACUUAACAGGAAAUUAUCCUCAGAAGUUGGACAAGGACGUGCAAGAAGAACGUGAUAAAGCACAGCUCGCUGAAGACUCUUCUACUGAUGAUGAGCUUGACGAGUACCCGUUUCUGGACAACAAUCCUGUUACGUUUGAGCUGAGAGAUGAGCCAGGGAUCCCUGAGCUGCGAGCAAAUUGAUGAAUCUUCUAUGCCCACCGAAACUGAAAGCUCUGCUUCAGCUUUCGUUUAUGCCUGCUUGGUAGCAGUCUAUGUAGUAUGGUGUUUAGUAUGCUACUAGUGUAUUUGAUGUUGUGUCCCCUACUCUGUUAUGAUGGAUGUGAAUGAGCCUGCUUGGUAGCAGUCUAUGUAGUAUGGUGUUUAGUAUGCUACCUAGUGUAUUUGAUGUUGUGUCCCCUACUCUGUUAUGAUGGAUGUGAAUGAUGUAUGAAGUGAUGUUGCCAGGCUGAUGCCCUAAAUCACCAGCUGAAUAAACUUAUGAUGGCAUGAAUAUCGGUUGAUGCAGAAAGGAAAAUAAAGACAAGUCAUUCUAGGCUUC